UUCAGCAUCCUUUUCGACAAGUUUUUUUUUUUCUUUCUGAAAUUGUGCUGAGACCAAAAUGAAUUCCAAGCUCUUCAAAGGCCUGAUGUGCUGGCACAGUGUUUGGUUAAAGUUUUGUGAUGUGAACAGUGAACCAGAGAUCACACAGCUCGACGCUACAGGUGUUCACGCGUACUGGGCGGCGAGCAGAGAGACUUGCGGGGACGGCAAGGGGCAGGGCAGCCGGCCGUGAUAACCAACCAACUGAUGGCCGCAGCUACCUCCAUCCAUCCAUCCGUAUAACCACCAUAACCACCUCCAUUCUUUGACUGCCUUCCCUUGCACUCCACACCUCCCCCUUUCGCGUCCUCUCUCACACACUACAUAACACUGUGAGCGACCAAACUCAGGCACUACUACUUCACAACAGUCGCAACACUUGCACCCUGCCUCGCCAUCAGCUGCAAGCAUGACGCCGGUCAGUGAGCACCAGCAGCUAAAGGAGCCGGGAACACAAGCUGCAACAAGCCAUCAUGCUCCAGCAGUUCCAAGUGAGGAAGUGGCAAUUGGGGAUGUGGUGAACGCCAAUCAGGAGGAGCAGCAGCGGCAGGCAGCGAAGCGGGAGCGGGAUUUCCUGGCGGGGAUCAGGAAGCUCAUCAAGAGCUUCAAGAGCCUCUCCCAAAUCUUCGAGAUAUACAAGGACGACGAUGAUGAGAUUGAGGACGACAUGGAUGUGGGCAUCGAGAUCGGGUUCCCCACGGACGUGCAGCACGUGGCACACAUUGGCCUGGAUGGGUCCACCAACUUGUCCAGCCUCAGGGGGCUGGAGGGGGCCAGGGACCUGCUCCCCCUCUCCAACCUCACCACCCUCGAGCAGUUCGAGCUCGCCAUGGCCUCGCUCGCCGCUGCUCCGAGCACAGAUCGCGAUGGGGUGUUAGAUAGAGCCUCCCGGGAUUAGGUUUAUAUAAAUUAGGACGCAUAUAGUGCUUGUGAUCAUGGAUGAUUGCCCUUGUUUUCUUCUUGUUUUUGUUCAUGCUUUUUUUGGGGGGGGGAAUACUGUUUUGGUCUCAAGGUUAUUUCCAUUAUGGCAAAAUAUUAUCGUCCACGACAAGCAACAAGGAGACAAGUGCAGCCUUCUGACAAUUGGCAUCAGAUACCUAAUCCUCCGAAUGUUGACGUACACCACGUACAGAUGAGCAGCAAGAGACCAUACACUGGUCAGUGUCAGAGGAACGGUACACAGAGCAGUGCUGCGAUCAUAUUCAACAACAAAUGCCUCUCCGUCCUGGCGUGUCCUUCCCAUCCCAACGUCGAGCAACAACUCUGCCACAGAGGGGGAAAAGGUACAGCUAAUUUGUUUUUCUCACUCAUGCAGGAGUUGACAUUCUUUGCUACUGCUCCGCUGAAGAAACAAUGUUGACAUGAUGGAAGUCCACUCAUCUGUGGAUAAUUCUGGUAAUCAUGUACGCAUGUGCAUGCACCGUGAUCAGCUCCUUGUACUGCUGAACAAUUUCAAGGGUCAAACGUUCUCAGCCAAUGAUAUGAACAGUCAGCAGUUUGCACGCUA